GUGUGUGUGUGUGAUAUGACUAAUGAAGAUUUAGGUAGAAAGUUAUGCUGAUGAAAAGGGUUUUUUUUUUUUAAAUCACCGAGUGACACCUCUCAUCAUCAUAAACGAUCUUUGGCCACAAACGCCCAGCUUCAGCACCAGCCAUCCCUUCUCAGAGUUUCUCCACGGGGUUUUCCCUCUUGAGUUCGUAUUGACAACAGAGGAAACCAUGAAAGGAAAGAGGCCUUCGUGAUAAGGACUCCAGCUACUCGACCUGGUUCUCCUCCCUAGCUCGUUUUUCGCAGUUCGUUAUGUCUUUGAGCCUGACCCUGUCGCCAUGCCCGCUGCUGAACGCCACCUGCCGCUGCCGCUGCUGCUCUUUCUGCCGUCAUUGCUUCUGAUUUCGUGCCUGGAUGGGGCGGUGAGAGCAGCGGAGGAGGGCGGCGGCCUGCCCUCCUCCUCGCCCGGGGACAAUGGCAUCCGAGGAGCGGCCACCGAUCCGACCGCGCCUGGGCGAGGUCUCAGCCCCUCGGCUCUGAUAGCAGGAACCUGUAGACAUAUACAAAACGGGACCUGCUUGGAGUCGCAGUUUGCACUAAAAGUCCAGGUGAGGGACCUGGUGACACGUCAGCCUCUGUCGGGAGCUUUGGUGGCCGUUUACAUGAACCGUGCCCUAAGUGGCUCUGCCCGGACAGGAGAGAGAGGAGAGGUUCUGCUCUGGGUUGCAUACAGUGCAGGCCUCAGUCUGACCCUGCUGGGCAACAUGGAAGGUUAUGUCCUCAGCCCCCUGCCCUGGAGCACAAGCAAGAGACCAAUUUUUUCUGCUGUGACGCUGCUGCUGCUUCCUCACAGUCAGGGGAACGUGUGGCUGUUUGAAGACUCGGUACUCAUCAUCGGGAAGUUACCUGACAGUUCCUCCCAGCCUAAGGUCAAGUUCCCCAAGAACCUCCUCACACUCCCUGAAAAGAGCAACAUCUCCUCAGUGACUGCUUACCUGACUGUACCACAGCAACACAUAGCUAAAGACUGCAUCAACUGCACUCCAGGCAUCAUCAGCAACAAAUCAUCGCUCAGAACCGUCGAGCUGAAGGCAGUGGCAUCCAUCAGCAUCCAGCUGUACUUCGGCAAUGAGGGGCUCCAGGUCCGAGGGCCUGUUCAAAUUAGCCUGCCCCUUGGACACGACACCCACCUCAGGGCCUCUGAUACUGUGCCAGCCUGGGCCUUCAACCUGAGGACUGGUGCCUGGGAGAAUCAGGGGCUGGGAGUAGUAAAAGCAGUAGGCGAUGAGCUGGUCUGGACCUACACAGCUUCCCAUCUGGGCUACUGGAUUGCCGCCCCCCUGCCCUCCUCAAACGAUUAUCUGGGACAUGGAAGCUCAGUGGAUUUCAUAUCAUACCACACCUACUUGUUGAUGGGAAUACUGGGAGCAACACUGGCUAUAGUGAUUGGAUUUCUUUCUUUGCUGCUAUGCCACUGUGGCAGAGGUUCUUAUCGAGAGCCUGGGAGGAAGAGGGCCCGCUUCUCUAAACUCACAGUGGUAAAAAAGGACCAAACCACCUCCACCCACAUGGAAGAGGGUUUGUUGUUCCGUUCUGGCGACAACAGCCUUGUGUCCUGUAGCAUCCAGUGCGAGCCUUCGUCCACACCGAGGCACAGAGUCAACUACAACAUUUAUGUGGAGGAACCGGGGAGUGUCCCAACAGCUCCUCUUUAUGAGAAUAUCGCUUCAGAUCGGAUCAAAGGUCCCCAUCCUCCACCUCACUACAUCAACGGUGAAGAGGUAGCUCGGCUGAGGGAGAAGUCAGAGCGGAGUCGGGCCAACGUGAACUCUGACACCUUCUUUCAAGAUAAGCUGGUUCACAUCUAUAACCGACCAGUGGCCAUUAUUCAGGCCCCAGAGCUUUUCACUGCUCAGGAGCAGCAAAUGUCAGGCUGCAAGGCUGCUACUUUCCCACGCAAUGGAGCUGAAUAUGAUGCUCACUCAGAGCCUACAAGUAAAGACAGCUACACCCAGACACUGCCCAAGGUUCUUCACCACCACCAGUCCCGAGGUGAAAGCAGCCCACAGCGGAGCAGCCAAGACGAGCCCCAGCCUCUGGAGACUCCUCCCCAAAGCCAAGGCCCUAACGCUGGUGUGUGGGGACGCUACAGUAACCUGCUUGAAUCCUCUGUGUCCGUGCCUGGUACUCUCAAUGAGGCGGCUGGUAUGCAGACGUUCAGCGGUGGGCAUGGCGUGCCCGGUGAGCUACAGGGGAUCUCAGAGCGCACAUUGCUGGAGCUGACCCGUGGCAAGUCCUCCUCAUCUCAUCCUAGGGCCUGGUUCGUCUCCUUAGAUGGGAAGCCGGCCGCCCAGGUACGCCACUCCAUCAUUGAUCUCCAGAGCCGCCACCGGCCACCCAGCAGCAAUGACACCAGCCUGGACUCAGGGGUGGACAUGAAUGAGCCUCAGCAGAACAUCCGCGAAACAGAGCGCGACAGGCCUUCGGUCAGGGCCUCGUCUUUGCCGCACCACAGCCGAGGGGGGCGUUACGGUGAAGAACAGGACUUGAGCAGUAGUGAGAGUGGCACCACUGCCACCUGCACACCAGAGGACCCUUCCCUGAGGAACAUUUUGGAUGGGAGCAGCGGGGCUAUUCCCAAUAUUCCUGAGGAGCGAGACGGGAUGGAUACAUCCAGCGCUCAGGAGGACAGCGAGUCAAGAGGUACACCACCUCCGCGACGCCUGAGAAAGGUGAGGGAGAAGGGUAAGACAGAAAAGAGGAGCACCAAGCAUGUCCGUGAAGGGAGACCUCUGACCAAGCGAACUUAGAGCAUGGCUUAUGAUCGCACUCAUCCAGACAAGGAUUUUACCUUCAGUUGAGCCAUUUAAUCCAUACUGAGCUUUCGUCUUGCCACUCGUUCUCAUCUGGGCAUUGUUGUUGUUGUUGAAGUGAUUGUAUAACUUUUCCAAAGAACGCAUAUCUCAUGAAAUAAAGGAGGAUCUGUAUCAUAUUGAAGCAUUAUGUAGCUGCCGUUAAACACGUUUGUGUACAAUGUUCUCUCAUUCUCCCUGAAGCUAAAGACCACCAGCAAGAUUCUUCACAGCAAAAUGCCCAUAUGAACAUGUUAUCCUGUCGUCCCUGGUACUGGCAUUAAAGAAGGUGCCUUCUUACUGCCUGUGAUUACAUAAGGCACAUGAUGGAUCUGUAUUCAGUAAAAUCUGGUGAAUUUGCAGGACAGACACAAAUACAGGUCUAUGUGUAGUGCACUUAUCCUCACCAUAAAUGCCUGCUGUAAAUUAAAUAAGAGAAGCUUUCCUGGUUUGCAAUGAUGACAUCUUGUUUUGAUCAUAUGUCCAUAUUUUACUUAAAAAGAGAGUCGGGGGUUAUGAAAAUACGUAUUUGUGUCAUUACUGGAGGCAGUCUUGUCUAUAAAUUCACAUUUUUAAAAUCCUUAAAUAAAACGCUUCUUAUCAGGUUUGCUGACAGCUAAUCUGACAAAGAAUUUUGCGUCAACUGGAAACAGUGGAAAACAUGAAGGAAAACAGUGAUGUACAUAUACUGUUCAUCUAAAUGGCCUUUUUAAGCUUUUAAACCUCCAAUUAUUUUUGAAUGCAUGAAAAAGUGUAUGACUGUAGAGCUAAGAGUAGCUGUUAGGUAAACUGAUUAUUAAAUGAUUAAUUUUACUGUCUAGUCCUGAGAGGACUCAGUGUUGUGCUGCCAACUGUAGCUAGUGUAAGGAACUAAAAACAGUACAACAGGACAGCAUCUGUGGUUAUCACAAUGUAAGAACCACAUUGAAAUAUCUAAAUAAAUACAGCCACAGCCCUGGGUAACGCAAGAGUUGGCACUAAACAUGGCAAUGUUAGUUUUAUGGGAUGGCAUUAUUAUGACUGCAGAAUGUCUGAAAACUCAGAUGGCUGUCACAGACCCACACAGCUCUGAGGCAUCCAUUUUAUAUAUCAAGUAAAUAAUAAUUUAAGUCAAUAAGACCAUAAUGUUUCACUUGUUAUGCAUUGUUAUUAUUACUGAUAUAUAACUGGAUGCCUUGUCAUGUACAGUAUUAUCCCUCGCAACUCUUCCUGAUGGUCGGUGCCUUGUAGAUUGCUUUUAACACCUGUUGCCAUGAAAUUCUUUAUACUGGUUUUAGCAACUUCCUAAUCAGCAUUACUAUGGGAUUACUUGUUUGUUCUGACACAUGCAUUAUGACUGAAGAUGCUAAUAAACAUAUUUUUCAAUGGAAGUUUAAAUAUAAUAGGGCCAAUCGUGGUUGUUUUAUCUGUGUGUGGGGCAUGGCUCAAAAUAAUAUUUCUACAACUAUUAGAUUAAGUGAAAUGUUGGAACAACUGUUGGAUGCAUUGCCAUGACACUGGGUACACACAUUCAUGUCCUCCUCAGGAUGAAUUAUAAUAACUUUAACAUUUCAUCUUGUGCAGUCAUCAGGUCAACGUUUGAAGUUGUCCAGGACUCUGGUUUAUGACUACAUAUUUACGAAGCAAAAAAUGUAGCUUUGUUUUUGUGUACUUUGUGUUAAAUGCUGAAUAGCAAAUGUAUGUAUGCUAACAUGCUAAACUAAGAUGGUGAACAGAAAAAAAAAAUGCUUAGUACCAGCAUGUUAGCAUUUAGCUCAAAGCAUUGCUCUGUCUGCUGUAAGUAAUGCCUCACUGGGCUGCUGGUGUGGCUGCAGACUUUUAUGUCUGAAUUAGGCUUCUCAUAUAUGUCAAUGCAGCUGUUGUCCUGGGUCAAAUAAAGCACACUUUAAUAUGUGCCCAUUUGUUAUACUAACACACAGCAUACCCAAAAACCUGUAACAUUUUCAGUGAGAACUGAUCAUUGCCCAUCCGUAAUGGUUUGGGAACUCACUCAGCAUGAAUACCAGUAAAUGGUACCACUAGCAAUAUUUUCCAUAAGGGGGCAAUUGUGGUUCAGUGGGUAGAGCAAUCAUCUCCCAACCAGAGGGUCGGAGGCUUGAAUCUCGGUGCCUGCAGUCCAC